GAACUCGUAACGCCAGACACAGCUGUUUAUUGUGGUCAAUAUGGAGUGAUUGUACAAGGUCGUAGAAAUUUACGCAAUAUAUAUGCAAAAUUUUGCUAGAAACGUUGAUGUGUUGACGCAGGGAUUAAAGGCUGGUAUAUCAAGAGUAAUGAACCUUGCAAAUCAAGAAAGUGAUCCUGCUAGUAGCGUUUUGUUUGUUAAUUUUAAUCAGGACUGCACUUCCUUGGCUGUGGGCACAAAAACUGGCUAUCGGUUAUUCUCACUAAGUUCUGUUGACAAUUUGGAGUCAAUAUAUGAAAAUGUUUCUGAAGACAUCUGCAUUGUGGAGAGACUGUUCAGUAGCAGUCUGGUGGCCGUGGUUAGUCUCAACUCUCCCCGGAAGUUGAAAGUGUGUCACUUCAAGAAGGGCACUGAGAUUUGUAAUUAUAGCUAUUCUAACACCAUACUUGCUGUCAAACUAAACAGAGUUAGGCUAGUGGUAUGCCUUGAAGAGUCUCUGUACAUCCAUAACAUCCGAGAUAUGAAGGUUCUGCAUACGAUACGUGAUACACCACCAAAUCCAUUUGGAAUUUGUACACUUUCUAUUAACAGUGACAACUGCUUUCUAGCUUAUCCAGGAUCCAACAGUAUUGGAGAAGUUCAAAUCUUUGAUGCUGUCAAUCUUCAUGCAGAGACUAUGAUUCCUGCACAUGAUAGUCCGCUGGCAGCUUUAGGAUUCAGCCCAUCAGGCACGAAAAUCGCAACAGCUUCAGAGAAGGGGACAGUAAUUCGAGUUUUCUUCAUCCGUGAUGGUACUAAACUCUAUGAGUUUCGUCGAGGGGUGAAACGUUGUGUGAGCAUUUCUAGUCUAGCAUUCAGCAUGGAUUCAACAUAUCUCUGUUGUUCAAGCAACACUGAGACUGUCCAUGUGUUCAAAUUGGAAGAACCUAACCAAUUGCCAAGACUAGCUUCAGAGGAAAAGCAGGGGUGGAUGGGUUAUCUGACAAAAGCUGUCUCUGCUUCAGCUAGUUACCUCCCCUCUCAGAUGACUGAUGUCUUCAACCAGGGCCGGUCAUUUGCGUCUGUUCACCUUCCAUUCCAAGGACUGCGUAAUGUCUGCGCCAUUACGAUGAUCCAGAAAGUUUUACGUCUUCUGGUGGCAUCAGCCGAUGGAACCCUGUAUGUUUACAACUUGGAUACUAAAGAAGGAGGAGACUGUACACUUCUCAAACAGUUUAGGCUAGAUGAUAGCCCAAGACAAGGUGCAGAAUUACCCCCUGUUCCAGCUGCUACAAUGGUUGAUAUGCGUGCAAUGAUGCCUCGAUCUGUUGCUUCAUGCAUACCACCAAUACCUGCACCAGGUGCCACAGAUAGAACUUGAGCAGGUGUAAUGGAAUUCUGAAGGCUGUUCGGCACACAGUGUUUUAGUAUGAUAUUUUAGGCUCUGCUGUGUGUCAUCUUAUAAUGUUUCAUGUCUUUCAAACACACAUCCUUUUAAGCUUCAAUAUAGAAAGCAUGCUAGUAAUGAAAAGUAGAAAGUGUACUUGCAUUGUAGGGAAGUGGAGGAAGCCUGAGAGAAACGUUGGUGAUAUUUUGUUAAUCCUGAUCAUGUAAAGAUAAUGGACCAAGAAAGUGAAGAAAAUUGUUUGAAUUCCUAAUUUCCGUCAUCUUUUUGGAUGGUUACAACGCAACUUGAAUACAGUUUUUAUUUUGCAACAUUUGCACACACAAAUGCCGAAGUGAUUUUCCAGUAUAGGCAACAAACAUCUACAUAUACGCAUUUCAUUACAUGUAGCAAGGCCCCCUGGUUGUCCAUAACAGCAGUGAUAGUAGUGUCACGUCCAGAAGAAAAUUAUAAGUUAUUUUACAGUGCACAUGUUUUGGAAAUGAACCAUUUAUUUAUUCUUGGUCAGUGUGAGAUUAUCUUGUUCCUUAAAAAUUGUCAUUGUGGACAAAUAAAAAUGGUUCCACUUGUAGGAACAGUAUUUUGAAUAAAAAGUGUAUUUUUAUAACAAAAAGAAAUGAGUGAAAAUUAUUCUGCUAAGGUUUUUACUUUGCAGCAUGAUCUCAAGUUCCUAUUAAUGUUGUUUGAAAAUGUAGCUCUUAAGCAAAUGGCCAGUCCUAGUUGUAUUUCAUCUGUAAUUUAGAAAAUUUGGGUGUAGAAAUCAAAUUGCUUAGAACAUUUUAAAAUAUACCCCAGGCUUUCUAUUGAAGAUAUAUCAGUAUUUUAAGUCUAGUUAUUAUGUAAGUGAUGAAGUAAAAUGGGUUUGAAAAGCACAAAAUUAAGUGAAAAUUAUUCUGCCAAGUUUUUCACUAAGCAACUUAGUAUAUCUUAAAUUUUAGUUUGUAUGCAAUUGGCCAACUACAGUCCUAUUUCAUACGUAAUUUAGAAAGUUUGGGUCUGAAUAUUAAAAUGCUUGAAUUAUAAAAUUAAUCCAAAAUUUCCAUUGAUUAUUUUAGUGCCUUUAAGUAUCUGUAUAUGUCAAGGAUAAGUUAUAUCAAUUUUUAAAUCUACGUUUCCUGGUAUAUCUGUAAGUUGUACAUAAAACUGAAAUUAGAUUUAAAUUAGUAUUAUCAGUAUCAUUGUAUUUUGAGUUUUGAGUCUUUGGAAUGCCAUAGCUAUGGUAAUUAAAGAUAUUGUUUGCAAGCAGCAAAGCCCAUAAAUACAUUUCUUGCACGGUGAAUAUAAUUUAGCACUUGUAAAAAAAUUGUCCAUGAACAAAAUCACAUCCUUACUGAACAAAUUUACCAAAAACUAUGAAGAAAAAAAAAACAAUGUGUAUGAACAACAUUGCUUCAUCUGUAUGAAAAGUUCCCAGCCUGUAAAGUAUACAGAUGUGCCAAUGGGUGGAAUUACUUCAACCUACAGAAGUUAGAUCCUGUGUAACCUUAGGUCAUUACCGUUGCAGGAUGAUGGUAUUCUGUCAUGAUCUGUGUCAAGUAAACCAAUAAUACAGUUUCAUGUAUUCAGUGUUAUGCUUUCUAUGCAUAAUAUGAAUAUGUGAUGAGGAUUUCAUUUGAUUUCAGUGCAGUUUUUUAUUGCAGGUUACACUGAAAGUUCUGAAGAAAAUCUAAUAUUGGCCUGUAUUGAUCCACAGUAACCCUUAAUUUACAUGAAUUGAAACAAUAUUAACAAAUUUAUAGAAAAUGGCCUAUCAUAGAAAAAAUUAGUGCAUAACAUGUACCGUAGAUUUCAUUAAAAUCAGUAACAUUAAAAUUCAAGUAAAAAUAACUAUUUAUAUUUCUAUGUAGUGUAUUAUCUAUAUUGUUGAUUAGUUAACAAUAGCUUUGUGUGAAUAAAUAAAUGCACAUAAGUAUGAAUGAAGGAUGCAAAGUAACAAAGAAUAUGUUUCAAUAAUACUUCAAAUUGGUGUACAACUCUUCCUCAUAUUUUUUUAAUAUUUAAGGUAUGUGUUGUUUCUGGCAUAUAGUUUUAAUACAAGCUAUUUUAAAGCACUGAUAUUCUGCAUUGCAAAAAUUGGUACUAUGUUCAAACUACCAGAGUUCAAAGCCUAAAGAAUUUGAUUUGGAGACAUGGCACUGUUCCAUACCUUCCUUAUAUAU